GAGCUGGCGGCGCUGUGGUUGGUGUGGGGGGGUGUGAGGGGCGGGCAGGAGGGGCGGGAUGGCGCGCUGUGCUGUGUGUGUGAGGCCGAGGCCGGGCCUGGGGCCGGGGAGCCGGUGGCUGUGGCUGACCCUGUGGGUGUGUGUGAGCGCGGCCCAGGGCGAGGCCCACACGGCGGAGUUCAAUGUGCGACCCGGCGGCAUCAUCUCGUCUUUCUCCCAGAGCCUGGACGGAUACACUUGUACAUUCACAUACGCCUCACAAGGAGGGACCAAUGAGCAAUGGCAAAUGAGUCUCGGUGUCAACGAAGAUAGCAAGCUCUUUUCCUGUUCCAUUUGGCGACCUCAGGGAAAAUCCUACUUGUUCUUCACCCAGUUUAAGGCAGAAGUCACAAACGCUAAGAUAGAAUACGCUGAGGCUUUUUCUCAGGCCGCAGGCGGAGGGCGCAGUGAUAUUCCCUUGAAGCCAGAAGAAUACGUAAUUGGUGAGAAUACAGUGGCACACAAGGUUGGAUCGUUCCGCUCUGAGCUCUCAAAACUGGUGAUAGUCGCUCACUCAGCGCACGAUGAACUCUGAUUGAAACAAAGUUACUUUUGUGAAAUAUUUUUUCAGCAAAUGGUUGAAAGUCGGUUUCGGAACCUGGGAAACAUUAAAUGGCAUCUUUGCAUUCUCUGCCUGUGAUUAUUUUCUCCCUUUCCCCCUUCUUUAUCAAUCUCUACGCCCAGAAUCCCCAGCCUCCGCAAGGCAGUGGGAUCAUCUAGUCUACAGCCCUACACGUCUUUGGGUGGUUUGAGGCCUGAACGGUGAGGCAAGAUGGAUAGCCUUGCUGCUGGAGCGCUUGGAUCACCAAUAGAUGCUUCAUGCUUCAUCUACUGCCCCGUUUGAGACCCGAGCAAGAAAAAAAAUAACUAUUUGAGGUUCACUUGAGGCUGAGAUUUGAACUCUGACCCUCCACACUUUUAACCCCUUGACUGCUAGGCUGCGCUGACAACCAAAAUACCAGUUUGCAGUCUACACCUGAAUUUACACCGAUUGAUUGCAAGCUGUGAAUCGGGAAGAAAAGUGUGAUCAACUUGUAUCCUUUGGAGACAGAUUUGUUCUCGAUUACGUGCAAGUUUCUCAAUGAUGCAGUCUCAAUGAUGCUGCAGUACAGUGUUCUCCAACUAGUUUGACAUUAGGGACCAGCUCAGUCUCUUAAAAGGUGGUGGGCGGUUAGUCAAGUGAGCUCCUCGGGUCACUCAGUCUACAGUCAUCUCUAGUGUACAGACACCGUUAGUCCUUGGAGAAGCACUGCUGUACAGGAAAGUCAACACAACACUGAUUUCUGAACCGAGAAUAUAUGCCAAAAAUAUUUGGGAAACGUAAAACAUUUAUAGAAUCAUACAAUCUUGCAGCUCAGAAUGAGGCCAUUCGGCCCAUUGUGCCUGUGCUGGCUCUUUGAAAGAACUGCCAACUAGCUGCACUCCCCCAUUUUUACUCCAUAGCUCUGCAAAUUUUUCCUUUUCAAGGACCUAUCCAAUUCCCUUUUGAAAGCUACUAUCAAAUCCACUUCCACCACCCCUCCCCCUCCCAAAUAAGAUUGUGUCUCCAAAUUAACUUUGGGCUUUGAUGUGGUUUUCUUUAGAAAUGAGAAAGUUAUUCAUACACAGUGAUUUUUAAAUCAAAUGCAACCUGGAGGUUUAAUUCGCGGGAAUAAUAAAUACUUUUGUAGAUGCUACAUUGCCAGUUUUGAUUUAUUUUCGUUCCUGGGCCUUUCUUUCAUAAUCCCAAUGAGAUUGUAUAACCAAAUGGCUGUGUACUUUGGGUGUACCUUGCACUGUGACUAGGACUGUAUGUCCCUGUACUAUUUACUGUUUGCCUUCUACUCUAAAAUAUCCUUCAUGUGAA